GCCUUGGGGGUUUAUACAAUAGAGUAGAGUACAGUAGAGUAGAGUGGUAGAGCCUCGGGGGUUUAUACAAUAGAGUAGAGUAGAGUAGAGUAGAGUGGUGGAGGCCCAGGGGUCAGAGGCGAAAGGCUUCCCAGCAUCCUCGCUGAUUGGCGAAGAGAUGACGGCCAUCUUGGAUUGUAGCGGGGAAGAAAGAUUGAUGCGGUGACACGAGGUAUGUUUGGUGCUAACCGGAAGAAGUUUAUGGAGGGAGGGGUAGAGAGCGACUACGCGGAUGACUCCAGCCUCUACUACACCCAACAGUCCAUGUUCCCUCCACACCGCCCUGACAAAGACAUGCUGGCAUCUUCCUCUGCUUCCUCAACGGGUCAACUGUCACAGCUAGGAGCCAGUUUAUAUGGCCCACAGAGUGCUUUGGGGUUUCCCAUGCGUGGUAUGAACAGCAGCGCAACGCCUCAGUUAAGUCGAAGUGGGUUGAACCAGUCUGCCAGCCAGCUCCCCAGUCAUGCCAGUACACCAAACACUGGCACGAUGCACACGCCACCCUCGCCGAGCAGGGGGAUUCUGCCAAUGAGCAGCCGAAGCGUGCUGAACCACAGCCAGCAGGUGGGGGGUCCGACGGGGCAGACGGGUGGGAUGGGAGGGGUUGGAGUGGAGAGGGGAGGUGGUGGCGGUGUAGGAGGAGGGAGGAGCAGCAGUAUGGGGAGUCCCAGCCGGUCGUCACCCAGCAUCAUCGGCAUGCCCAAACAGCAGCAAGCACGGCAGCCUUUCACCAUUAACAGUAUGUCAGGGUUUGGUGUGAACAGGAAUCCAGGCUACAACAUGAACAACUCCCUAUCCAACAACAUAUUCAAUGGCACAGACGGCAGUGAGAAUGUGACGGGGUUAGACCUGUCAGACUUCCCAGCGUUAGCAGACAGGAGUCGGAGGGACGGAGGCUCGAAUCCAACCCCGCUGCUCAACCCGCUGGCCGGUCGGGCUCCUUACGGUGAGAGACACCUGUUUGGCAUGGUAACAAAGCCGUCCAGUGAGCAGUCGCAGGACUUCUCCAUCCAUAAUGAAGAUUUCCCAGCUCUCCCUGGGCCCAACUACCAAACAAAAGACCCCACCAGUACCAACGAAGACAGCAAAACGAAUCUGAACUCAUCAGGAAAGCCCACCACUAACUCAGAUGGUCCAAAGUUCCCCGGCGACAAGAGCUCUGCACCUAGCAACAACAACCAGCAGAAGAAAGGGAUCCAGGUGCUUCCUGACGGGCGUGUGACCAACAUCCCAAUCGGCAUGGUAACGGACCAGUUUGGGAUGAUCGGCUUGCUGACGUUCAUCCGGGCAGCAGAGACGGACCCCGGCAUGGUCCAUCUGGCACUGGGCUCUGACCUCACCACGCUCGGCCUCAACCUCAACUCACCUGAGAAUCUCUAUCCUAAGUUUGCGUCUCCGUGGGCGUCGGCUCCGUGUCGACCGCAGGACAUAGACUUCCACGUCCCCUCAGAGUAUUUAACCAACAUCCACAUAAGGGAUAAGUUAGCAGCUAUCAAGUUGUCUCGGUAUGGUGAAGAUCUGCUGUUUUAUCUCUACUAUAUGAAUGGAGGAGACUUACUACAACUCCUGGCUGCAGUAGAACUGUUUAACAGGGACUGGAGGUACCAUAAAGAGGAGCGAGUUUGGAUCACUCGGGCUCCGGGUAUGGAGCCCACGCUGAAGACCAACGCCUACGAGAGAGGGACCUACUACUUCUUUGACUGCCUCAACUGGAGAAAAGUGGCCAAGGAGUUUCAUCUGGAGUAUGACAAACUAGAAGAGCGACCUCACGUUCCCUCCACAUUCAACUACAAUCCUGCCCAGCAGGCCUUCUGAUUGGCUCUACCUCCUCCUGCCUGCCUGCCUGCCAUUGGCCCUCCUGGCUCGUCAGUCACCACCCCUCUAGGUUUUUCCACCUCCACACACUCAAAGUGAAUCUGGCCAAUAAGGACUCGGGACGGGAGAGGACGUCCUGUCUCCUGCUGUCCCAAAAACACGUCUCUGAACAGACUUUAUCAUUUUAACUCUUCUGAUUUCUGUUUGUUCUUUACCUCAUUUUCUGUUUUUGUUUUUUUUAUUUCCCACCCCUCCUCCAUGAGUUUGGUUUGGUUGGUCUGUUAUGUGGAGCACAGACGUAAUGUCAACAGACAGCACAGUUACAACACACACCGACACACGCACUGUAAAUAACUGUCCAUCUGAUCAUGUGAUCCAUGUUUCUAUUCAGUCUUAAGAAUCGACUAUUUUUGUCUAGAGAAGCUUUUAAGAAGAACCAGAUUUUAAACACAAUCACCCGUCAGGUGGAUAAUUAUUUCACACUGUGUCACACCUCUCUGAUCUUUGGCAGGAAAAUAUUUAUCUUUAUUUUUACCAGGAUUCUCCAGCAGCAUUACAAAUCAACAACACACAUACACAAACACAUACACACACACAUACAUCAGCAGACAGCGGAGAGUCAGGAGAGGAAAUGCAAUGUACAUUGUAGCACUAUUUCAUAAUAAAAGAAGAAAAAAUAUCUUUUUUGGUUUGUUGAUGUUAUGUGGCGACACGUCAAGCAGCAUACGCUUCCUUUUUUCUGUUUUUAAUUUAAUGAAGUGAAGUUUAGCAGCCAGGCACUCUGAAAGUCACUCUGAGUGGGAUGUGUUUCAGAUUUUAUUUAUUCACCUCCUAAAAAGAAAUCUGACAAUAUUCUGUAUUUCCUCUUAAAGUCAACAAAUCCCAUGUGCAGAUCUGUCAUUACUAAAUCAACUCGCCACUGUACUUUUUAGCCAACGAUUCUCGUUUAUUUCUAUGAUUAAAUCAUACACGGCUACACCUUCUGCAGAAUUUCCCAAUUAAUUAAUUCAUCAUUUUGGCUAAAAAAAAAAAAAAUAGAAAAUAAUUUAGAAUUAAUUAGUUUUCCCAAAGCCAAAGUUGACAGCAUUAAUAUCUAAUUAUGUCCAGUAAAACCCAAAGAAAUUCACUUUACUGUGAUAUAAAACAAAGAAAAGAGGCAAAUCUUCACAUUACAGAAGCAUGAAAUGAAUUGUGGAUAUUUUUGCAAUCAAAAAAAGUCGAAACAAGUCUGAAUUUCCGUGUUUCCAAAAGAAAUCUUCCCAGAAAAGAAAUUUUAAAAAAGACAAUUAGUGUCUGCGUUUUAAGACAAGAAACAAUCUGACUGCUUCUCUAGAGUUUGAAACAUGAUUUUUGAAAAUACUCAAAAAAUAUGACUGUACAGAACUGUAAAUCACCACCAAGUCACGCUGUGAUUGGAUCACUGAAACCACUUGCUGACAUGGGCUGGGUCACAUUUGACCACACGUCUUUUGUAGCGUAGACGCUAGUGCAUCCUGACGGCCCCUGAAAAGGACGAUGUCAUCAAUACGAGACGUAAUUGUUUUGAUGCAAGUGCGCUAACUCUCUGUAACUUGCCCAUUUUAGGACAAGUUGAAUUGGUGGUUGUGCUGCUCCCUUAAAGCAGAAGAUUUGAAUCAUCAGUUGUCGACACCUCAGUCAACUGAGAGUCUUCAAGUAGAGCACGAGGUUUACUUCUGGGAAUGUUUUUUUUUCUCAGAUUAACCUGCUGAGUGAGUGCGUCGUGCCUUCACGCUAGAGAGGCUAACGUCCUGCCUUCUGCUAGGAAGUGGUGAAUUUGAAGCUCACAGCAGCUUCAUACGAUACAGUCUCUGGCUUUUGUUUCAUAUCUCGUGUCUGCAAGAAAUGUCGUUGCACAUUUGCGAUCCAUCAUUAGUGUAGUUAGCGCACAUUAGCUCAGAGCGCAAACGUGUCUUGUUUUAACGCCACUGUAAUCCCGAACAUCUCGCCAAACCCUGUUCAAACUCCAAAACUCGAUAUGGAAAAGAAGGAACAAAUAGUCGAAUAUUCUUAUUGAACAGUCAAAUCUGAUUCGACUGAUUCUGAGUCAGACACAACCCUCAGGUUAGGUUAGAAUUUCUGUCUGGUUCCAGCCAAAAUCUUUGUAGAAAUUAGUUUAAAAACAAAAUAGAAAAAGUCUGGUUGCUGCUUGAGAAGUAGGAGUGAAACAGUAUUUUGAAAAUACUUUAAAUUAAUUCAUUAAUAUCAGAAAGAAGUAGAAAUAUUCUUAACUGCACCAACACAUUUCUUUUACUUGUCUUAAGAGAAUACGACUGCAUGGACUCAGUAUUUAUUUUAAUUUUAAUUUUAAAAUUUGUCGCAGCAGGACGAUAUAUGUGGGACUGAGUCAAUAUAAACUACAGUGUGUGUUCAUGAAGGAACGUCCCCCAGUGUAACAGUGUGGCUCACUGAUGUGUUUUUAAUGGCACAGAGGAGGAAGAUAUAUCAGGCUGUAGAUACACAAAGAAGAAUCAAAAAUCUGACGCUCUGCACAUGGGAUUAAAUGACAAGAAAAACAGAAUAACACCAGACUUACUCUUCAAAAUUAAACAACACAAUGGCCACAAAUUAUCAGAGUAAUAGAAAGAAAUGUGGAUUAUUUUCCUGACGUUAGUCCACAGUUUGGUGGAUUAAAGUACCAGACUAAAAUUAAAAACGUUGGCACAUCCCGUUCACACUGACGCAGCUCUCCUCCAGUUUUCACCAUGUUCUGUUUCAUGUUCGUUUUAUUUUUUAUCCCGGCAUUACAGCUCCCUCCCUCUGCCAGUGAAGGACCCUUCUGUUCCUUCACAUUUUAAUAUUUAAGUUGUACUUUUAUUUCACUGCCCACUUUUAUUGUUUAUUUUCCGCCCGGCAACAGUUCAAACCAAUCAGACGGCUGGAGUGACCUCUCUCUGGAUCUUUAAGGGAAAAGUUUUGAGAAAUGCAUUUGUUUGCUUUCUUGUCCGGGGUUAAUGUUCAGAUUGGCUCAACUCUCAUUUCUGUACGUUAAGAAUAUGAAGCUACAGCCAGGAGACGUUAGCUUAGCUUAGCUUAGCUUAGCUUAGUUUAAAGACAAGUCUUCAUUUUUACAGUUCAAUUUUUAUAAAGAUUUAACAAAUGAGACAGACGGUAACAUUCAGCUUUAGAGGUGCUGAUAGGAGGAUUUUGUUACCUUUGGACAGUCUUUAUGCUAAGCUAACUUAGCCGUCUGCUAGCGUCAGCUUCAUAUUUAUUGUACAGAGGAAGUUCAGCGGGCUUCAAAGCCAACUUGCGUAGCAGCCAAACGAUGAUGCUGCAAUUUCCAGGGUCGGUCAUGUGAUGCACUGCGGACCAGAAAGACUUUUUACCAUAGAAAGGCACGUCUGUAGAUUAGUGGAUCAUUUUUGAGCAUCAGAACCCCCAUGAAAUGAUCCGUCUCACUAUCAAGAUUUGAUCCAUUUGGUCUGAUAAGAUUUGGAGAGCCUAGAAGAGCCACAAAACUAAGUCAUUGUAUCCCCAUUCAAGCUAACAGAACGCUAAAUCAGAAGUUAGCUGUUUGGCUGCCGGAAGUGAAACUCUUGGACGCUAGUGCGUUUGCUCUGUGGGCGGCACAGUGCAAAAGUAGCACCGUUUGUCCAGGUUAUUUAUACGCAGUAGCUGAACCAUUUUGGCUUCAUGUGCCACUGAGGAACUUUCAUAGGAAUAAACGAGGCCCCGUGUUCGACGCUGUAUCCUGGGGUCUCAUUUAUAAACUCUGCAUACUUACAAAAUGAGGCCUGAAAGAGGCGCACAUCACUUCCCUCGCAAAGGUUGUGAUGUAUAAAAACAGUAUUGAUAGGGGAAACUUUGACCCAGGCUUACGAACAUUUUGGAUACAGGAAAUUAGCGAUGCAGAUGGUGAGGUGGAAGCCUGAUUGUAGAAACUGUCAAGUAUUUUUUGGUGCACGCCAUUUUUGGCUUUUUUUUCAUACAUACAUUUUCAGUAUGGAUCCUACGCACUGUUGUAUAAAUGAGACCCCGGGUCUCCUAAUAUGUCCAUGCGUGAGAGUGUUAUCAGUCUGAACAUCUAAUCUUGGCAAGAAAGCGAAUGACAUUUCCCCAAGAAUUGCACUUUUCCUUUAAGGAUCAUUGCCACUCCACAAAAACACAUUGUCUAGCAAAAAAGUCCCAGUAUUUAGGCUAAAUAUCACAAUUUUUUUUCUUUUUAUUAUUUUUAAAAUUCCUCCAGGAGGCACCAAUGUACAUGUAUGUUUGUAUAUUAUAUAUUGGAAUAUAAAUCUACAAACAUACGAGGCAGUAUUUUUAAGAAAAAGAGGAAAAACAAAAAAUUUGCCUGAAAUGAGGAGACCCUCCCUUUGCUGGCCGCCAGUAAAUGAUGCAAUACUAGACUUCCCGUUACCACGGAAACCACCAUGGAGACGGUUUUACAGGGGACCACGCUCGACAACCACCAACAACCACCUUUUAGCCACAACAACAACAAGGACGUGACCGUGACUACAGGGCCCAGUUCGUUCACACUGCAGCAGCAAAAAGCCAAGGACACGCCCACAGACCCAUGUGACCUGUUUUGAGAAGAUUUGAUUGGAGGAUUGAGGACUGAGGCACUUGGCCAGUUUGGCUGUUUUAUUAAAUAUGGCAGCUAGUGUUUUAAUAGGAAAAAGAAUAAAAUAAAUAUUCUGGUAAUGAAAC